GUAAUUUCGUUGACCUAGUUCCUUCCACAACAUUGCUCUCUGAUACACAACAGAAGCAACAUUACACAACAAGCCAAGAAAGUCACGUGACAACCAUAUCGAUACCAUGCCUAAUGCUAGAGCUGGGAUGUUUUUCUCUGACGACCAAGCUGGCGCUCAUUGUAUGAAUCCAUUCGAUAACCCAUGUUCUGAUGGUACCAUAGAUGAAAUGGGACGCAACCGCGGAAAUAUUUCCGUAAUAGGUUUUACGCAAUUAGAUCCCUUGUAUGCUGGACAUUCAACGCAAACUAGAGUAAAAGGAGAUGAUGUGGAUGAAGAUGAAUUUAGAGAUGAGGUGGAAGAGACAGCCAAUGGUGGACUGACUAAACAUCAGGCUGAAUGUACAACACGUAACAUGAAAGGUGAAGGUCGAAGAUUGACCCCUCAAAACUUCGCGGAAGAGAAUGUCCAGAAUAAGCUUCCGAUGACAAAAUUCGAUAGGAUUGCCUUGUCAAGAGAAGCGAGGAAAAAUCUAGGGUGUUAUGAAACUGAGAUAAACUUUGGCCUUGAGUCGCAUUUACAAGAAUAUUAUGAUAACUGCAGCAAACACCCCGACCACAAGAACUUUGUUCCAGUGAAGCAGUUUUCUAAGUGGCACCUGCCCACCGGCUACCAACAUGACGAAUUCUUCCAGCUCUUGAAAUGCCUAAGUAACCUAACGUUACGUGUAGAGGUAUCCCACGUGAGCGCUUCACGUCCGAGCGAGUUAGAAGGGGAGAUAUACCCGUCAUACGCCGCAGAAACCGAAACGGGAAAUCAUUUCGUGAGGUACGGAACUGGACGGAUUCUGAGAGUUACGAGGAACAAUAAAAAAGAUCCUCUCUGUUAUUGCAGUGAUUGUAAGAAAUCGGGAGAUCCCGAAAAAACAUGGUGGAGCAUCGAAGUCGCAACCGCCAGACACGUGGUCUUUGAUGAUAUAGAGGCGGAAAAUACAGUAUGCAGAUGGGGUUUUGAUGAAGAAUUUUGUAAAUUUGUAGAUUUUAAUAUUAAUUCGGUUAUCGUAUCCCCCGAUAUUUCAGCGGAUUGGGCUAUAUUACGUUUUGUUACCCAUAACGGUCCCAUUGUUCACGAAAUUAAAGAAAACUUGAAAAAUUACACGCGACUGUGUAGAGAAUUAAAUGAAGCGAGUUUAAAGUCUCCGAAGAAACGCAAGUUGGUAGCGAUAGUUUCUCACCCACACGGCUGCUGUAAGCAAAUCACGACGGGGGUGUGGACUAGCAAGGACCAUCAGGGAGGGGUGGACGCUAGGCUGUUCUACACGACCAACACCUGCACGGGCAGCAGUGGGGCGCCGGUGUACGUCCUGGGGCAGGAGGGGCGUCUGGGGUGGUACAGCCACAUCCACAGCGGCACCAAAUUAAGGGACUCGAAAAGGUCUCGGCAGAAAAAUACAAAAGAGUCCAUCAAUUUUAGCAGGAUGGUGGGUCCUUUAAAUUAAUAAGGCUUUGGUAUGAUGGGUCAUAUCUAAUUAAUUAGUCUUCUAAUGCCGCUGUGGUUAUUUCGUUAAUUUAGUACACGCCUAAUUGCGCGCGGGGUUGGUAUGUUUAAAAUACUACCAACCCCAACAGUGUCACCUGCAAGGAAUAUUUCGUUUCGGUUUUAUUUUUCUACAUUUAUUGCAUAAAUAAAUACUGUUUGAAUGAUCCUUUUUUGUUCUAAUAUACAAACUGCAUACAUAAUAAUAUAAUACAAUUAGAAUGCAUAAAUUAUGUAGUGUUUAAAAAAAAAAUUAAAAUGCUUAGAAUGUUACAACCUUAGAUACCCUUGGGCGCAUUCGAAAUUGUUUUGUUGUAUUGCUGAGAAAGUCACUUUUGUUAUUAACGUUUGAUAAACAGUUGAGGAACAGUUUGUAAAAAAUUGCUAGGAUCAAUUGACUUAUAUAAUAUUUUCCCCAGUGUGAUCUUUCCGUGGUAGAUAGGGGGAGGGGGGGGGGCGUUCAGGUCUAUAUUGAUCUAGAUAGAGUACGCCCAUAUCUUUAAGGCCCAUAUUGAUCUAGAUAGAGUGCGCCCAUAAGUUUACCAUUAAGCUUAAAUCUGCUUGUGUACAAUAAAUAACAAAGGCACUUCUUUGUGUGCCUACUUUUUUAUAGCUUUCAAUAUUGGGUCACUAGCUUCAAUUUUGUAUUAGUUUUGUAUAUUUUAUUAGAACUUUUCUAUGGUAUGUGAUGUUUACUUUG